AUAUUAUUAAUAUGCAUGAGGCUGCCUUUUUUUUUUUUUUGGCUGCAACCAGCACAAUUUCUCUGAGAAGUCUCAGGCGUGGCCACUUCCUGUAAAGAGCCCAAACCUUACCCUCCCGUGCUGGCUUUCUGCUCCUACCAAGCCCUUUACUCUGAAAGGCUGUUAUUACAGGAAAUAACUGUGCGUUUUCCCCGCCUUCCUCCCUCCCUCCUCCAUAUCACAGUCUUCAGAAAAAGAGGAUCUCGUCCAGAAAGCAGAAAACAAGCAGUCAGGCAGGGAGCAUGGUGUAGCGUGGGCUGGGUGUGCGGAGUCCAGCGCUGCUUUCAGUCCCUGGGAGCUAUUGCUGAGCCUCCUUCUCUUCCCGUUGUCUCCCAGAAACAGCUUUGUGCCUGGCGGCGGAAGAUGCCCCACUCUGGCUUGCACCCCUCCAUCCCUCGGCCCAGGAGUCACAAGGCCAAGAAGGCAGCCUUUGCCCUGCUGAUUGCCUGUCUGGCAGCCUUUUGGGGCUUGGAGGAGCCGCCAACACACAUUCUCUGGUGGCUGGCGCUCCACCUGAUCUCCCAGCAGCUGCAACUGCUGUUCAAGCGAGCCUGCAGCCUGGCCGAGGAACUCUGCCACGUCCAUUCCAGGUACCAGGGCAGCUACUCCAGGGCUGUGCAGGCCUGUCUGGGCUGCCCUAUCCGCUAUGGGGCCCUCCUGCUGGUGUCCUGCUAUUUCUACACCUCCCUGCCAAACAAAGCUUGGAUGCUUUCCCUCCUGGGCCUCUCAGAGGCACUGAGCAUCCUCCUGGACCUCCAGGGGCUGGCCCCAGCUGAGGUCUCUACAGUCUGUGAACAAAGAAACUUCAACGUGGCCCAUGGGCUGGCAUGGUCAUUUUAUAUCGGGUACCUGCGACUGGUCCUACCAGGGCUUCCGGCCCGGAUCCGUAGUUACAAUCAGCUCCACAACAAUACGCUCCGAGGCACAGGAAGCCAUCGGCUAUACAUCCUCUUCCCACUGGACUGUGGGGUGCCUGACGACCUGAGUGUGGUUGACCCCAACAUUCGCUUCCUGCAUAAGCUGCCCCCGCAACUCUCUGACCGUGCCGGCAUCAAGGACCGGAUUUACACCAACAGCGUCUAUGAGCUUCUGGAGAACGGGAGGCAGGUGGGCACCUGCGUUCUGGAGUAUGCCACCCCCUUGCAGACCCUGUUUGCCAUGUCACAGGACAGCCGAGCUGGCUUCAGUCGGGAAGAUCGGCUUGAGCAGGCCAAGCUCUUCUGCCGGACACUUGAGGACAUCCUGGCAGAUGCCCCUGAGUGUCAGAACAACUGGCGCUUCAUUGUCUACGAGGAACCCGAAGAGGAGAGCAGCUUCUCCCUGUCACAGGAGAUUCUCAGGCACCUGCAGCAGGAGGAGAGGGAGGAGGUCCCUGUGGGAAAUGUGGGGGCCUUGGCGGCGGUGCCUGACUCUUCCACACUCACCCAAGAGCCUGAGCUCCUCAUCAGUGACAUGGACCAGCCUCUCCCGCUCCGCACGGAUAUCUUCUGAGGGCCACGGUCACCGUGCCUGGUCCCCCAGCGAUCUCCAACACGCUGGCUUUCUUUAGGGGCUAGAUGCCCAGCAAAGCUGUUUCCUCCCACAGGGAGGACCUCUUAAAGUCACAGGGUUGUGACAUCUCAAGAUGAGUCCUGUUACCUUGGGCAAGUUGUUUUACAUGAGCCUCAGUGUCCUCAUCUAUGAAAUGGGACCAUAAUGAUUGCCCUGCCUACCUCACAGGGUUGUUGUGAGGACAAUGACUGCAUAGAUGUUUCUGGUAAACUCUAAUUGCCAGGU